GUUGUUUUGUAACAGAGAAAGGUUGUGCGGGCGGAUGUCGAAUUUGUUUAAAACAUUAGAUAUUUUGUUAACUGAAAGAAGGAGCGUGCAUCUAGAGCCGAGAAAAAAUCUACAUAAAUUCGAUUGUACAAAAGUCGCACAGUGAAAACCGCAUAAAUCACUGCAACGCGUAUUGCAAACGCGAAAACGUAAAACCAAGUGUAAAAUCGACGGCAUCCGCGUUAGUAACUAAUAUUAACUAAAAACCCGCAAAGUGCUACAGUUUCGAAACGAGAAGAGGAAAGAAAAAAAAUAUACAUAGAAAUUGCGGCGGCAGCAACAACAACAACAACAAAAAGUGAAAGUAUUGGGUCAACCAGAAAGGAGGAAGAAGAAGAAGCAGAGAAGCAAAGCGAAAAAAUCAGAAUAUUAAUGAGAAAUUAAAGUGCUUUAAAAAGAAAAUUUUGUGAAAAAUAAGAAUCAUCAAUCACUGCUGAAAAAAGGCGUCAAUUAAAAGGAAUUAGUUUAGUUAGUUUACAGUGCAAUUUUCCUCCUUUUUUUUUUGUUGUUAUAUGUGACGAAUACUGAGAGAAAGAGCGAGAGAGAGAGCGCAAGAAUAUGGGCACAACAAAAGAGCAGCAGCACCAGCAACAACAAAAUGAAGGCGAUGCCGACGCCAGCACCACCCACACUUCGCAGUCGCAGUCGACAACGACGGCGCCCGCACCAGCGCCAGCGCCGACGUCAGAGGUUUUAAUCAUUCCUGCCACACAGGCCUCCACAUUGGCCACAAAUGCCGCCAAAAAAAUACGCCGAGCCUUCUCAAUGCCACGCAAUCCAUUUCGUUGGUCCCGCAAAUUCAAGACCACAGCACAGGGUGUUGGAGGAGUGGGAGGAGGAGGAGGAGGAGGUGGGCCUGGUGGAGGAGUCGCUGCAGCCGGCAAGGAUAAUAAUGGCAGCAAUUCAGCCAUUUCUUUUUGCGUCAGUGGCGGACGUGGUCGCAGUGGCAGCAUUGUGUCUCUCAAUAGCUAUGAAGCAGCCUCCGAAAGAGUCACCACCAGCAACAGCAACAACAACAAUAAUAAUAAUACAAGCAGCAAUACUACUACUACUACUAACAGCAGCAGCAACAACAACAACAAUAACCAGAAACGGUCACGUGCUCUACGUCGUUCGUCCUUCAGGAAAUUUCUAAAUCGCAUUGCCCAGCAUCUGAGCUCUGGCAUAAAUGUGGGUUCUGCAGAGGAUAAUAACUCUGCUGGCUGUAAUCGUAUAACACUUAUAGAAAUCGUGCCAUUCUAUACCGGAUGCUGGCGCAGAAAAGAGGCUAAUAAAAAUGGACAAACUGCUGUUGGCCUGGGUACGACGACAACGGGAAAUGGAUCUGCUGGUGGUGGUGUUGGUGGUGGGGAACGUGUGCCCCCCAUUGGUGGCUAUCAAUGGCCGGCUGAUCAAACGCCAGGUGUUAUGGGUCUUAAAAAUCAUGGUAACACCUGUUUCAUGAAUGCAGUUCUGCAGUGUCUCAGCCAUACGGAUAUAUUGGCCGAGUAUUUUGUAUUGGAUCAGUAUAAGGCCGAUUUGAAGCGUCGCAAUAAAAUCAAUUCACGUAAAUUUGGCACCAAAGGUGAACUAACCGAACAAUUGGCCAAUGUUUUGAAGGCUCUGUGGACCUGCCGCAAUGAGAGUGAUCAUAGCACAGGCUUCAAGGCUGUGGUCGAUCGUUAUGGUUCACAAUUUCGCAGUUCCACACAGCAUGAUGCCCAGGAGUUUCUAUUCUGGUUGCUGGACAAGGUGCAUGAGGAUUUAAAUACGGCCAGCAAGCGACGCUAUAAGAGCAUAAAGAAUUCCUAUGGCCGUUCGGAUGAGAUAAUCGCCGCCGAGACACUGGCCAAUCAUAUACGCUGCAAUAAUAGCUUUGUCCAGGCUGUAUUUCAGGCUCAGUUUCGCUCUUCGCUGACCUGUCCGCGUUGCAAGAAGCAAUCGAAUACCUUUGAUCCGUUCCAUUGCAUUUCGGUGCAAUUGCCCCAAUUGACGCAGCAAACGAUAUUCGUAACCGUCGUCUAUAUGAAACAGCAGCCACGUCAGAUCAAGAUGGGUCUGCGGGUGCCGGCGGGUUCCCCAAUUGUGGCACUGCGCGAACAACUGCAAACGGACACGGGCAUAGCGGCCUCUCGCAUGGUUCUGGUGGAUCUUAAUGCUGAGGGAUUCACGCGCGUCUUCUAUGACACGCAGCCGGUGGAGACGCUAUGCAGCAUUGAGACUAUCUAUUGCAUUGAAGUACCCGAGGCAACUCCAGUGCCAAAGUCGGUUAACACACCGACACCGGCUCCGGUCAAAGAUGGGGCAGAGAAAUCCAGUGUUUCGGCGGGAGGUCAGGCGGCUCCAACGCCGGAUCUGCUACUCCUUGUGGCCAAUGUUAAGAGGGAUAAGAAUGCCAAAGAGUGUUUACGUUUCGGAGCCCCGUUCAGUAUGAAAGCUCCGCGAGAUUGCUCCUAUCAGGAGUUGCAGAAACGUAUGUUACGUGAAAUUUCCACGCUGCUCAAGCCGGAGGUUUUCUCCUAUGCCACACCACUCACCGAUAUGUUCAGAAUACGACUGCAGGAUCCGUCAGCCGAUCCGGACACUUAUCUGGAGCAGGUGGAGCAUCCUCUGCUAACCGAAAUGAUUGAUAUGGCCUUGUCGGUUCUCUCCACGGAGGCAGGGCCGCCGCACAUUAAACUCCUGCUCGAAUGGAGCUCCCCUGAGGAUCAUUUCGUAAAGCUCCAGCAAGAAGAGUUGGUCGAACACGAGAGCGUCGCUCGGCUGAGUGCCAGCAAACCAAAGGACACGGCUUCGCUGACUUUGGAGCAGUGUCUGGAACACUAUACCAAGGCGGAGACGCUUAGUGCCGAGGAUGCAUGGCGUUGUCCACACUGCCAGCAAUAUUUGCCAGUGGUAAAGACCUUGGGCCUCUGGUCAUUGCCUGAUAUUUUGGUGGUGCAUUUCAAACGCUUCCGACAGCAUCAAUCGAAAGGUCCGCAGGCGGCCAAGUUAACCACAAUGGUUAAAUUUCCGUUAAAUGCUUUUGAUAUGUCGCCGCAUUUAGCGCGCGGUUUCCAUGAGAGCAAUAGCAACUCCUUGGGCUUGGAUGCCCGGAGUAAUAGCGGAAAUCUCUGGAAGAAGGCACGCUCCUCGGGCGAUUCACGCUCCUCCACGCUCAAUUCCCGCAACGAGCCCAAAGAUACACGUUACGAUCUGUAUGCCGUGUGCUAUCACCAGGGUGACACUUUGGAAACGGGACACUAUACGGCUGCUUGCAAGAAUCCCUACGAUCGCCAGUGGUACAAAUUCGAUGAUCAGCGUGUAAGCAAAGUGCCCGAAGAUGCUAUCGAAGAGGACAUCAUCAACAAUGAGGCCUACAUGUUGUUCUAUCAGCGGCGCAGUGUCGAUGCCGGCGAAUGCUCGGGUUCCAGUUCGAAUUCGGGUGAUCAUUGGGUAUCCAAAAUAACCCCAGCGACAAGUGUUGGCACCACCAGCAACAGUGGAAAGGAGAAACCAGAUGCUUCAAUUCCAUCCAAUGAGGUGGCGCCUCCUGCCGCUGCUGCUGAGCUAGAGACAGCAGCGGCGCCUACAGAGAAAGCUCAAUCCAAACCAGUAGAUAUACCCAAAGUUUGUCAGGAUACUGAUGAAGUCACCCCCAUGGAAGUGGAGGAACUCGUUGUGGUGGAGCCAAAACAGGUGGCUCUUAAUGUGGAGGACUUGGCUUUUGCCGAUGCCGAUAUUGAAGUGGAGAAGACAAAAACUGAAUCCAAUUCUCUGCCAGUUGACACCCCACCAGUUGCCUCUCAAGAGCCUGAAAUUGCCAUGGAGGAGGCGACACAAAUAUUUGCCAUGGACGAGGAUGAUUGCACAGAGCUCAAAUCAGAAGCAUUAGAGGAACUUGUGAUACCAAAGGAACCAUCUAUUGAAAGCCAACUUGUAUCUCCGAUUGCUGAGAUCAAGACCAAUGGACAUGCGAGUGCUUCACCCACAUCCUCAUCCAGUUCAGCCUCAUCGGUGGCAUCGUUAUCAUCCAGUUCAUCGCCGCGUUCGUUGACCACAUCGGUGACGGCGGCAUCCACAUUGCAGAAUAAAUUCAAUGGCUCAUAUGGCCCAACUGCCGCCGCCCUCUUCAAUGGCCAGGCCACACCCCAGCUAUCGUCUAGCCUACAAUUGUCACGCCAGGUUUUGCAUAAUCACUGCAACAGCAAUCACAACUGGCAUGGAUCACGCAGCAGUGUGUCGGCUGUGGAAAAUGCCACUCAACAGCAGCAGGCAGCAGCCGCCAGCAUUAGUUUGCGUCACUCUUUCUCCACCAGCUCCAAUUACAAGUUGCGCGAAUGCAGUGAGACAUUAUCCUCGCUGUUGCGCAACUCGGCCAAUACUUGCAGCAAGGAUACGCUGCUAUUUAUCGAUCAGCAGAGUCAUCAUCAUACAUCGGGACUGAUUGAGGACGAUGAUGAUACCUAUAUGGGUCGAUCCCUGUGGAUUUCCCCAGUGACGCCACACAAACUCAUAACCGUUUCGCCCAAGAAUUAGUUUUCAAAAUUGAUCCACACACAAAACGCACUAUAGACAUAAGCCUAAAGAUUACUUUAUAUAAAACAAAACAAAAAAACAAUUUCUAUAUAUAA